AUGGCCAGGCAGAGCAACGAGCAGAAAGCUGGCGCCCCCACGGGACCCGGCAGCAGCGGGAGCCAAGGCCCAGCACACGCCAAGCUGCUAAGGACGCUAAAUCGCAAGGAGCGCAAGGAGCUUGACCGCGCGCGCAAGGCGCGCCGCAACAAGAAUUUCACCCUCAUCCAAGAAAUCACGGCACUGUGGGAGGAAGCAAGAAGGCACGACACAAGCGUCGAAAAGAGGGCCAAGCUGGUGUCUGCGAUCCUGCAAAAGGUGGAGGGCAGACUAGCAGAGCUGGCCGGCUCGCACAGCGCCUCGCGCAUCAUCCAGACGUGUGCCAAAUAUGGCAGCCGCGCAGAGCGGGCUGCCAUCUUGAAGGAGCUGGGACCCAAGCUGUUGGACCUCAGCAAGAGCCCGUAUGGCCACUUUGUGGUCAGCAAGCUGGUCAGCCUGGCGCCCAGAGAGCAGCUGCCGGGCAUACUCAAGGUCUUCAGGGGGCACCUGGGCGAGCUGCUACGGCACCCGGCCGGCUGCCAUGUCGUGGACGAUCUCUAUGCAGUGGCCGAUGCCAAGCAACGUAAUCUGAUGGCGGCAGAGUUCUACGGCAAGGAGUAUGUGGUCCUUGAAGGUGGCACGCUGAACAACACCCAGGGCGCACCUGGCCGCCUCGCCGAUCUUAUGGCACUCGUGGAUGCUGCCAAGCAGCGCUCCAUCAUUCAGCACAUGAGCAAGCACCUAAUCCCCAUCAUGGAGAAGGGCCUAGUGGACUGUCCCCUGGUGCACAGGCUGCUCAGCGAGUUCAUGGAAUUCUCUCCUGCCUCGGUUGUGGCCGAUGCCGCAGAGAAUCUGUCAGGCGACCCCCUGCUGCACAUGGUGCACACCAAGGAGGGCGCCAAGGUUGCAUGCAUGACGCUGGCAUAUGGGACAGCCAAGGACAGGAAGAAGGCGCUCAAGAGCAUGAAGGGUCACGUGGUUGCCAUGGCUCGCGAUGAAUGGGGCCACCUUGCACUCACCACUGCUCUGAGCGUGGUAGACGACACAACUCUGUUGCGGAAGGUGGUGGCGUCCGAGUUGCAGAGCGACCUGGCUGAGCUGGUUGAACACAAGUACGGCUACCGCGUGCUCAUGCAGCUGCUGCACCCCUACUGCGGCCGCUAUCUGCCGCCACAACUUCUUGCCAUCAGCCGCCCACCGGCAAAGGAGUACUCGGCAGAAGCCAUGCAGCGCCAACAGACGCACCAAAGCGCAGCGCAGCCCCCAUUGCAGCAGCUGCAGCGCGAGGAUGCAGCAGAGCCAGCACUCGCAGCAGACUCUGACAAGGAGCUCAUGCGCUCCCAGCAUGGCAGUGACAUCCUCGUGGAGAUAUGCCGGGGCGGAGAAGGCGGCCUGCUGGAGGAGUGUCUGGGAGAGGCGGGCUUGCUGGGUACAGCGCACGACGCGCUGGUUGCAGCAGUGGUGGGCAGCAGUGCUGAUGCCGCCGAGGGCAGCAAGGAGGAGGGCAUGCUGGCACAGCUGCAAGAUCCAGCCCUGACGCACUUUUUCGGGAGCAGGGCGUUGCGGCGGCUGGUGCUGGCGUCCAGCGCCACAGAUGCCAGCGGCGCAGCUGCAGCAUCCUUUGCCAGCAAGCUGUGGCACGGCGCACUGCAGGGGCGCUGCCAUGACUGGGUGGACACGCAUGCUGCCAAGGUAUUGGCAGCACUGCUGCAGUGCGGGGACGAGGAGGUGAAGCAGGCGGCCACUCAGGAGCUCAAGGCACUGGUGCCGGGGAGCUUGGAGGAGUGGGCAGCACAGCUGCUAGGAAGCGGUGGAGGCAGCAAGAGCAAGAAGCGAGGCAGGCAGGCACACGGGGCGCCUCAGCAGGUGUAUUGUGCCACAAUUCCUGUCAAAAUGACUGUCUGA